CUCCUGUGCACAAUGGCAACUCUUAAGGAAAAACUCAUUGCACCGGUUGCAGAAGAAGAAGCAGCCGUCCCAAACAAUAAGAUCACUGUAGUGGGUGUUGGACAAGUUGGUAUGGCGUGUGCUAUCAGCAUUCUGGGAAAGUCUCUGGCUGAUGAACUUGCUCUUGUGGAUGUUUUGGAAGAUAAGCUUAAAGGGGAAAUGAUGGAUCUGCAGCAUGGGAGCUUAUUUCUUCAGACGUCUAAAAUUGUGGCAGAUAAAGAUUACUCUGUGACCGCCAAUUCUAAGAUUGUGGUGGUAACUGCAGGCGUCCAAGAGGGGGAGAGUCAUCUCAAUCUGGUGCAGAGAAAUGUUAAUGUCUUCAAGUUCAUUAUUCCUCAGAUCGUCAAGUAUAGUCCUGAUUGCAUCAUAAUUGUGGUUUCCAACCCAGUGGACAUUCUUACGUAUGUUACCUGGAAACUAAGCGGAUUGCCCAAGCACCGUGUGAUUGGAAGUGGGUGUAAUCUGGAUUCUGCUAGAUUUCGCUAUCUCAUGGCCGAAAAACUUGGCAUUCAUCCCAGCAGCUGCCAUGGAUGGAUUUUGGGAGAACACGGAGACUCAAGUGUGGCUGUGUGGAGUGGAGUGAAUGUGGCAGGUGUUUCUCUCCAGGAAUUGAAUCCAGAAAUGGGAACAGACAAUGAUAGUGAAAAUUGGAAAGAAGUGCAUAAGAUGGUGGUUGAGAGUGCCUAUGAAGUUAUCAAGCUAAAAGGAUAUACCAAUUGGGCCAUUGGAUUAAGUGUAGCUGAUCUUAUUGAAUCCAUGCUGAAAAAUCUAUCCAGGAUUCAUCCAGUAUCAACAAUGGUGAAGGGGAUGUAUGGCAUUGAGAACGAAGUCUUCCUGAGCCUCCCGUGUAUCCUCAAUGCUCAGGGAUUAACCAGUGUUAUCAACCAGAAGCUAAAGGAUGAUGAGGUUGCUCAGCUCAAGAAAAAUGCAGAUACCCUGUGGGACAUCCAGAAGGACCUGAAAGACCUGUAACUACUGAGCUCUAGGCUGUAGAAAUUCAAAAACUGCAAUGUGAUUAACCCUGAGCCUUUAGUUUUUAUCCAUGUACACGGAUCAUAGUUUGCUUUUGUCUUCCUAAAUAAGUGAAUUUGGGCUCAAAGAAUCAAAGCCCAUGCUUGAUUUAAUGCUUGCAAUCUGAGCCCUUGAACAAAUAAAAUUAACUAUCAUAAAAAAAAAAAAA